AUGGCAUCGCAAUUCGAGUUUGACCCCGCCCUCGCCGGCUCGCUGCCGGCCGACUUUGUCUGGGGCUGGGCGACGGCGGCGGCGCAGGUCGAGGGCGCGUGGGACAAGGACGGCAAGGGCGUCUCGAUCUGGGACACGUUCGCGCACACGCCGGGCAAGGUCAAGGACGGCAGCACGGGCGACGACGCGGUGCGGUCGUACGACCUGUACGCGACGGACGUGGCGCUGCUGAAAAAGUACCGGGCGCGGGGGUACCGGUUCUCGCUGUCGUGGGCGCGGCUCAUCCCGCUCGGGGGCGCCGACGACGACGUCAACGAGGCGGGCGUGGCGUACUACGACCGGCUCAUCGACGGCCUGCUGGCGCAGGGCAUCACGCCGUACGUGACGCUGUUCCACUGGGACACGCCGCAGGCGCUCGAGGACCGGUACGGCGGCAUGCUCGACAAGGCGCGGUUCACGCGCGACUUUGUGCGGUACGCGAGGCUGUGCUUUGAGCGCUUCGGCGACCGCGUCAGGGACUGGAUCACCUUCAACGAGCCCGGCGUGUACACGCUUGCCGGGUACGCGGCGGGCGUGCACGCGCCGGCGCGGUCGAGCUUCCGCGAGCGCAACGCCGAGGGCGACUCGAGCACGGAGCCGUUCAUCGUGGCGCACACGGAGCUCGUGGCGCACGCGCACGCGGCCGACGUGUACAAGCGCGAGUUCCAGCCGACGCAGAAGGGCACCGUCAUGAUCACGCUGCACGGCAACUGGUCGGAGCCGUGGGACGCCGGCGACGCGCGCGACGUCGAGGCGGCGGAGCGGGCGCGCGAGUUUGAGAUUGCCUGGUUCGCCGACCCGCUGUACAAGACGGGCGACUACCCGGCGUCGAUGCGCGCGCAGCUCGGCGACCGGCUGCCGCGGUUCACCGAGGAGGAGAGCAGGCUCGUGCUCGGCAGCUCCGAGGUGUACGGCAUGAACUCGUACUCGGCCUUUUACGUCAAGCACCGCGACGGGCCGGCCGACAUCAACGACCACAAGGGCAACAUUGAGCAGGCCGACGAGAACAGCGAGGGCACGCCGCGCGGGCCGGCGAGUGACACGUACUGGCUGCGCACGACGCCGUGGGGCUGGGGCAAGCUGCUGCGGUGGAUCUGGGCGCGGUACGGCGUGCCCAUCUACAUCACGGAGAACGGCACGACGGCGCAGGGCGAGCACGACUGGAAGCCCACGGGCCCCGACGACGUGCUCGAGGAUCCCUUCCGCAUCGACUUUUUCCGCCAGUACCUGACCGAGGUGGCCAAGGCGUCGCAGGAGGGCUACUCGGACCGCUUCGGCGCCACGUGGAUCGAUUUCGACAGCCCGGAGAAGACGCGGUAUGCGAAGCGCUCGGCGUACUUUCUGGGCGACUACUUUGACCACCUCAUCAAGAGCGAGUAG